AACGCCACACGAACAGUUAGAAAAUAAAGCCGGUCCCUUCAGCGAAACGCUCUUGUCUUCGUGGUAAUUGAAUUCGAUCCACUAUUACGGUCCGUUGUCUCCUAUUUGUAAUACGUUUGUUCGCUUUGUUUUCCAACGAAUGAUUUGUUUUUCACUCCGUUAGUUAUUUUUUUUUUGCGUCGUUUUCAUUCGAUUUCCUCAGACGCGCACUGCAAACAUGAAAUUAAUCAGUGUAUUGGCCGUGUUCGGGUUCUUGUUGAACUCCGUACUCGCCGAUUCCGUCGUCGAUUUGUCUGAUUCUGAUUUCGAGUCUUCCGUCAGCCAAUACGACACUUCUCUGAUCAUGUUCUACGCACCGUGGUGCGGUCACUGUAAGAAAUUAAAACCCGAAUUUGAGAAAGCGGCCAAAAGUUUAUUGAAAGAAGAUCCACCUGUAACAUUGGCAAAGGUAGAUUGUACUGAAGCUGGUAAAGACACAUGUAAUAAAUUUGGUGUUUCUGGGUAUCCAACUUUAAAAAUAUUCCGAAAUGGAGAAGUUUCAAAAGAAUAUAAUGGACCACGUGAUUCAAGUGGAAUUGUAAAGUACAUGAAAUCACAAGUAGGACCAAGUUCUAAAGAUUUGUCUUCUGAAGAGGCAAUUAAGAACUUCCUUGCUAAAGAUGAAGUGGUUGUAGUUGGAUUUUUUGAAACUGAAACUGAUCUUAAGGGCAAAUUUAUUCAACUUGCAAAUAAAUUACGUGAAAAAGUAAACUUUGGUCAUACCACUUCACAAUCUGUUAUCGACAAAUAUAAUUAUAAGAAUAAUAUUGUCCUAUAUAGACCUAAACAUUUAAGUAAUAAAUUUGAACCAGAUUUUGUUGUAUUUGAUGGAGAAGAAUCAACAUUAGCUUUAGAUACAUGGAUCACAUCUAAUUAUCAUGGUUUGGUUGGUUACCGUCAAAAAGAAAAUAUGGAAGCUUUCAAGCCUCCGUAUGUUGGAGUCUAUUAUGCUGUUGACUAUGUUAAAAAUCCAAAAGGAACCAAUUACUGGCGUAAUAGAGUGUUAAAAGUUGCUAAGUCAGUGAAAGGUGUUACAUUAGCUAUAAACAACAAAGAUGAUUUCCAACAUGAAAUUAAUGAAUAUGGAUUAGAAUUUGUAACCGGUGAAAAGCCAAUUGUUUUGGCUAGAUCUCUUGAUAAUAAGAAAUACAUUAUGAAAGAAGAAUUCUCUGUUGAAAAUCUUGAAAACUUUAUACACAAUUUCCAAGAAGGUAAAUUAGAAGCAUACAUAAAAUCAGAACCUAUUCCUGAAGAUAACACUACUCCAGUAAAAGUAGCUGUUGCCAAGAAUUUUGAUGAUGUAGUUAUUAACAAUGGAGUUGAUACAUUAGUUGAAUUUUAUGCUCCAUGGUGCGGUCAUUGUAAAAGUUUAGCUCCGGUUUAUGAACAAGUUGCUGAAAAGUUGAAAGAUGAAGCUGUAUCUUUAGUAAAAAUGGAUGCAACUGCGAAUGAUGUUCCAUCUAUUUUUGAUGUACGUGGAUUCCCAACUUUAUACUGGUUACCUAAGGAUGGUAAAAAUAAGCCUAUUCGUUAUGAGGGAGGCCGCGAUUUGAACGACUUUGUCAAGUACAUUGCAUCUAAGGCUACAAAUGAACUCAAUGGUUUUGAUAGGUCUGGAAAUCCUAAGGAAGGCAAAGAUGAACUGUAAAUUAUUAGUUCAAAAUUAAACCACAAGGCUGAUUUAAUUUAAUUUGAAUUGGACUACUCCUUUUUUUUAUUCAACACUGAGUAGAAAGAAUGAUUU